CCACGGUUUCCUCUUCCGGUCCGGCGGCCGAGGAAACUGUAAAAGCUAUGCUGGGGACGCGGCGUGGAGUUUGAUUCACCUUCACCUGCGCGGAGCACCCGCUGACCCCGGGCUUCCGCCCGGAGAGCUGUCCGACAUGAACGGACGGGUGGAUUAUUUAGUCACGGAGGAAGAGAUCAACCUGACGAGAGGACCCUCGGGGCUGGGCUUCAACAUCGUCGGUGGGACAGAUCAACAGUAUGUCUCCAACGACAGUGGCAUCUACGUCAGCCGCAUCAAAGAGGAUGGGGCUGCGGCCCGGGAUGGGCGGCUCCAGGAGGGUGAUAAGAUCCUCUCGGUAAAUGGCCGAGACUUAAAGAACCUGCUACACCAGGAUGCUGUAGACCUCUUUCGUAAUGCGGGAUAUGCUGUGUCCCUGAGAGUACAGCAUAGGUUACCAGUGCAGAAUGGACCUAUAGUACAUCGAGGUGAAGGAGAACCAAGUGGGAUUCCUGUAGCCAUGGUGCUGCUACCAGUGUUUGCCCUCACUAUGGUUGCAGUUUGGGCCUUUGUGAGAUACCGAAAACAGCUUUGAAAUGCUUGCGGUCUUCCAGUGUGUCCAAUGAACUAUUUCUCUCACUCACCUUCCCUGCCAGUCUCCUAUAUCCUUUAUCCUCUACAUAGCCAACACAUGAUUUAAAGUGACUGAUUACCACUCAAAACCUUGCUGUUCAAACUCGCCAAGACUUCAAAUUCUAAUGGGAGAGUAAAGGUAUUAUUUGAAGAAAAGCUUGUGGGGGGAGGGAGAAGCCUUGCUAAGAACAAAUGAGAAGUUACAUAUUUUACUAGAACUGCCAAUAAAAAUUCAGCUAUCACCCAAAGAGGAAAAGCUCAGUCUUCCUGUCACCAUGGAUGACACCUUUUUCUUAGCUGGCAUGUUUGAAGGCUAGCUGUGCUACAUGGAAGGAGGAGCUGAUCUUUACUUUUUUUCUUUUCCUUUUAAUGCUUUUCCUUGUGAAGUGUUUGUGGCCUUUAAUUUGUAACUCUAUACCUAGAUGCCUAUAUUGGACACAGGCGAAUGAAGUUUGUUUUUUUUUUUAAACUUACUUCAAAAAAUAAAUAUAUACAGUAGUACACAUAUGCAUAUAUGAUAACAUAACACUGAUGCCUUAUAAGAGGUGAGAAAACCAUACUAGUUCCUGGGUUUCUAAUGAACAAUUUUUUGGGACUAGGGGGUCAUCAUAUUCCUUCAUAUAUAAUCAAGACUCAUAUUAACAGUGAGUUCUGGAUUGUAAAGAGAACCUCCUUGCACACUUGUCUGUAAGUCAUUGUCCACAAAUUACAAACAUACACAGUGCUAAGGGAUGACUGUCAAUGAAGCACGUCAGGAGCUCUUUGCAGAGCGUGUAUAGUGGAGAUGGGAAAAUGACCUUUAAAAGAGAAAGCUCAAUUAUUAGGGAAAUAAUAACAGAAACAAUGGAUUGGAAACUGUAGAACAAGUGUCACACGGUAGCUAUGGUGAUGUGGUGAAUUGUACUAGAACAGCUCUGCUCAAGUCAAUCUGUUCAAAGACUUUGAGGUAUAAAGACAAGUUCUACCAAUCUCUGAACCAGCCUAGUUGGUAUUUAGCAGUGCUGUUAAAGGGUCAAGUGGGAUAGAUGUGGGCAGCAGUAGGGCCCAAUGAACCAGAAGGGCCAAAAGUUGUCUUGAUAGACGACUGAAAAAAAGAUCAUGCCUCAAGGUGGCACUUGAACCCUCAAGGCUGCUUCACAGUUUUCAGUUUCUAGUAUCAGGCAAAACCUUAGGAACUGCCUUUCUGGUAGAAUAGACCUAAAACCAGCCUGCUUCUGAUUAAGAUAAGAAGGCCUGAAUUGAUGUGGUUUUUGGUUUUGUUUACCCACCCCCUACCCCCCCCCAAAAAAAACCCUCUAAACACUAGCUUUGAUUUUAAUAAGUUAAUGGACCAUUUUUCAGAGAAGGGGAAAGAAUAAGGUUUGUUUGUUUGAUAGAGGGGUCAAGGAAAUUUGUUGAUUGUUUCCAAGGAAAGCCUGAGACUAGAGUGUGGAUGACUAGAUGCCAGGGAACAGCAGGGAUAUUGGUGAGGUGGGAGCCAUCCUGUUCAUGUAGUGUCUGAGUUGGUUUUAGAGUGCCGAGGAUAGUUGAACCAAGCCUAGUUUUUUUUAACAAAAUAAUUUUUAUCUUCUAAAUAUAUUGGCCAGACUGUUAUUUUGACAGAAGAUUAUGAGUUUUCCUGACAAUCUAGCAAUUACUUAACAAGUGUUGGUUGCACAUUAGUUUUGUCAAGACACCUGUACAAAGAAGGGAAAUAAAUGCACAGACUUCAUCUGAAAGGACAUUGUGAUUACAGUUAGGAAGAGAACAGUUAAAAUGGAAUUAGCCAUGUAAGUGUAAGUUGUUUAUGUUGUAGACAACAAUAGAAAAUAGCUCCUGCGAAUUGAGCCUUCCAUAGAGGAAGGGACAGGUUAAAAGAUCUUUAGGUGCUAAUCAUCUAGUAAGAGCAUUCAUAAAUAGGUGAAAAAAGUCUAUCAGGUCGAAUAAUAAAUGAAACCAGUAUGGAAAGAAAUGUUACCAUGCAAGAUAGAGCACAGUGUGGUUGACACUGUUGACAGAUGAUCAACAGCUAUUUUAAGGAAUUCAGAAAAGGAAAACUGUUGUGUGGUGGCAUCAGAGUAGAAUGGAAAGUCUUAAAAAGUCUGAUGAGACUUUGCCUCUGGGUAAACUGUUAAUACAGGGAGAGAUUUGCUUUUAACAGUCUUCACAUAACUAAGCCAUUCAGUACUUUUUGAAAUUGAUUUAGUAACAGGAGUUAUUCUAAGUCCCACAGAAAAUGCAAAAACAUAUUGUAGUUCUUGCUGCAACCAGCACCACUGUGGAGGCCCAGUGUCUGUACCCUCCUUGUGUUCGAUGGCAUCUAAAGCGGCUUCUGCCAUGGGCCUAUUUACCUCUAGUUUUCACUUCAGGGUUUGGAAUUUAUUGUUGAAAGACGGUCACACUUACAAAUUGAAACAAAUGGCAAGGAGGAUAGAAAGCUGUUGUGUUGAUAUAUGUAAAUACAAAACAUCUUCGGUGGGAAUUUUACUUCGGUUGAUAGGAAUUCUGAUACACUUGGGUCUCUUUGGGAAAUAAACAGCACUUGACCAAAACAUUUAAGAUUUAGGCAAAUACUUUAGUAUUUCACUUUUGGUUGUAUGUAAACUAAAAUUAGCAUAGAUGGGAUGUUAAGAAUCCAUUAUAGAUUGUAAAAAAUUUAUGUUUAUCAUAGACUGACUCUGAUAUUCCUAUUACCUUAUAGACUAUAUAUGAUGCUUCUACCACAUAAAUUAUAAUAUUUAAAGUUUUGAAUAUUGAUUAUAGGUAUACUUAAAGUAUUUUUCUUGUAUUUAUCAAUGUGUUUUUAUAUAUAAUUCUAAUAGAUAUUAUUUGCUUCAGUCGUUUCUGUUUCUGUUUCCUGCAGUUUUCUGUAUGAAUGAUUUCAUGUAAUUAAUUGGACCAUCUAGUCACAGGCAACAGAUAAAAAUAGUAUUUGUAAUUACAGUCUAUGCCAGGGCUGUACUAAAUUGACUGGUGACACUAUAUAUAACCUUGAGAUCCAAGUAUUGUUAUAAAGAGACUGAGAAUGAGAGAAUAAAUUGUUUUCCAAGAUUGUA